GCGCGGGGCCGAAUGCCCUCACCGCGCAGGGGUGAGAUGCCGCCGACUAUAUACGAGAGUCCCGACGGCGAAGCCAAGAAGGAUCGCAGGCUCUCCUCUUUCUCCAUAUUCAACGCGGGAUUCUCGCUGCUGAAGAGCCUCGGGAAGAGCGCGUCGAAGCGCAAGAGGGACGCGAAUGCCGACGAGGAUCUGGAGGAGGACGACGACAGCGCCAGCAAGAGAACCCGCGGGGCGACGGGCUACGCCCAAGGACCGGGCUCGGCGUUCAUAACGAGCAGCGUGAGGAAAAGUAAAGGAGGUUCCAAGGCGCCGGCGUCCACCGGCGACGAGGUGGCGCGUAAUCUGGCGUUCGAUGGCGACGACGUCGAGGGCGGCAGCCGCAAGGGCAAGGUGAAGAAGGGUGCGGUCAAGGAGAAGACCAAGCGCACCGGCACGGGUUCAAUCUUCUCGCCGUUUUUCUCCUUCUUCUCGACGUCCAAAUCCGCCAAGGCUGCGAAGACGGCGAAGGCGCAGGACGCGUCCAACCGCGGCGGCGCGAGCGGAAGGAGCGUACGCGCGUCCACGAGGGCGGCCACGACGGGAGCGCCGGCGCCGUCGUCCAAAUCCGUCAGGACGAGGCCGGCGCCCAAACCGAUCGCCGUCGGAGGAGGAGGCGGAGCGUUACCCCCCGAGCCGCCCGUCCGUCUGUCCAAGGACUCGGACUCGGAGGACAUCUCCGACGCCGAGCCCGUGCGGAUCUCGGACGGGGACGCGAACGGGGAGGACGCGAGGAGCCUGGAGAGCGACGAGGCUGAGGAGACGGAGAGCGACGGCGCCGUCCUCGCGGCUUCGAGCCGCGGGGACGUGCCCGGCGGAUCGGGCACCGGGAAGGGAACCCUCCAGGACGGGUUCGGGAAGUGGACCGAAUCGUUCGUGGACGACGAGUACACGUACGAGGACGAGCUCGACGACGAGGAGUACGACGAGGAGUUCGACCCGUGGGUGUUUAUCCACGGCUUGCCCCCGCUGUCGUCGUGCGUUCGAGCGAACCGACCAGCCAUCUUGCCCCGCAAGUCCCCGGUGCACAAGAACAAGAACACGUUGGUGCUGGACCUGGACGAGACCUUGGUGCACUCCAACCUGGAGCAGACCAUCGAGGAGGCUGAUUUCUCGUUUCCCGUGACGUUCAACGGCCAGCAGCACAUCGUCAACGUGAGGCGAAGGCCGUACCUCACCGAGUUUAUGGAAUUUGCCGCGCGGCAUUUCGAGGUUGUCGUCUUCACCGCGUCGCAGAGGGUGUACGCCGAGCGAUUGCUGAACAAGAUUGACCCAAACCAGGUGCUCAUCAAGCACCGCCUGUACCGCGAGAGCUGCGUGCUGGUGGAGGGUAACUACAUGAAGGACCUGAGCGUGCUCGGGCGGGACCUGGCGAAGACGAUCAUCGUGGAUAACUCGCCGCAGGCGUUUGGCUUUCAGGUUGACAACGGGGUGCCCAUCGAGAGCUGGUUCGACGACCAGAGCGACAGGCAGCUGCUGAAGCUGAUGCCGCUGCUCGCGAGGCUCGCGCAGGCGCAGGACGUGCGACCGGUCCUUCGGAAGAAGUUUGCGCUCGAGGAGAGGAUCGAGCGCGCGGGUGAGCGAACGAGCGUCCUCAACUCGAUGGGCUCGCCGAGGAGGUAGGACGAUGAGCCCUUGGAGGAUGGCGACGACGAAACCGCGAACCGUGUACCAUAGGACCAAUAUCGUUCGCUCGCACCGUGUGUUGACUAUAUUUUCUUCGUUCGUG